UCAAAACCAAAUGUCUUCUCCCUCUGCAAAGCUUUACAAAGUCAAAACGAUUUGGUUCUUGUCUUCUCUGCUUAUCUCUUUGUUCAUCAUUCUCUCCAAUGGAGUUGCAGCUCAAAAUGAUGUCAGAGUCACAAACGUUGGAGCCAUCAUUGAUCUUAAUUCUCGUAUCGGUAUUGAGCAGAAAGCUGCCAUGGAAAUUGCAGCUGAAAGCUUCAACAAGAAAUCCAACACUCAUGAACUAAUCAUCCAUUUUCGAAACUCAAGCUCAGAACCCUUUCUUGCUGCUUCUGCUGCUGAAGAGCUUAUGAAGGAAGAAAAAGUACAAGUGAUUGUUGGCAUGGAGUAUUGGCCAGAAGCAGUUCUAGUAGCUGAUCAUGUGAAAAACCAAUCUCAAGUUGUUCCUGUAAUUUCAUUUGGUGCACCUCUUAUAACUCCACCACUAAUCCAAAAACGGUGGCCUUUCUUAAUACGAAUGACAAGUGAUGGAUCAGGUCUAAUGAAAUGCAUUGCAGACAUAGUUGCUGCAUACAGUUGGAGAAGAGUUGUUGUGAUAUAUGAAGACGAUGGUUAUGGUGGUUAUGUUGGCUUGCUAGGUCUUUUAUCUGAGGCUCUUCAGGAUGCUAAUGCAAAGAUUGAGCAACAUCUGGUUCUCCCAAAGUUUUCUUCUCUAUCUAAUCCUAAUUGGGAUGAACUAGAAGAGCUGUUGAAGCUUCCCACUUUUCAGUCUCGGGUGUUUAUUGUUCUUCAAGCAUCGUUACCUACAGUGAAUAAUUUGUUCAGAGUGGCUAAGAAGAUGGGACUUGUAGGAAGAGACUCAGCUUGGAUAUUGACAGAAUGUAUCACCAGUUUGCUUGACCCUCAAGGUGACAAUAAUAUGGAAGGAGCUCUGGGAAUCAGCACCUACUAUACUCAUAAGUCUAGUUCUUAUGAUGAAUUCCAGAGGGAAUUCCAAACCAAGUAUGAAGACGGAAAUAGCUCCAAGCCAGGAAUUUAUACUCUUCGAGCAUACGAUACUAUUGGUGUCAUUUCACAAGCCAUAGAAAAAAUGCCUAAUAACGCAACUAGUACUAGUCUUCAGAAGAUGAUAGAGAGUUUGUUGAGCACUUACAAGGGUUUAAGUGGGACUAUGCACUUGAAAGGAGGUGAAACACAGUUGGAUUCUCCAAAAUUCAAGAUCCUUAAUGUUGUGGGUGGGAAGAUGAACACAGAGUUAAACUUUUGGACACCCAAUUUUGGGUUUUCUGAAGGCAUUGGCGUAAAUAGAACAGAUGGUGUUGGUAAAGUAAUAUGGCCUGGGAACCUAACACGUACCCCGAAAGGAUGGGCAAUGCCAAGUGUAGACAAGCCAAUGAAAAUUGGGGUUCCAGGUAACACUUCCUUCAGCAAAUUUGUAAAAGUGGAGUAUAAAGACAAUCCAGAUGAGAAUACCUAUGAUGGUUUCUGCAUUCAAAUUUUUGAUAAGGUUUUAAGUCGUUUGGGGUAUCCUCUGCCGUAUGAGUUUCAUGCUCACACUGGAACCUAUGAUGAACUGGUUGAAAAAGUCCAUAACAAGACGUAUGAUGCUGUUGUUGGUGAUAUAACCGUUCUAGCUGACCGAAUGGACUUGGUGGAAUUCACUCAGCCGUAUAUGGGGUCUGGAUUGUCAAUGAUAGUACCAGAAGUAACUGAUGAGGAGGCAGCAUGGAUGUUUAUGAAACCUUUCACAUGGCAAAUGUGGGUGGUGACCGGUUCCAUCCUAAUCUACACAAUGUUGAUAGUAUGGUUCCUAGAGCAUCCAACUAAUCCUGAAUUUAAAGGUCCAUUGAAGGAUCAAGUUGGUACAGCAGUUUGGUUCACCUUCUCCUCUUUGUUCUUUGCUCACAGAGAAAAGGUCUAUAGCAACUUAACUCGAGUAGUUUUUGUGGUAUGGCUCUUUGUUGUAUUGAUCCUAACCUCGAGCUACACUGCUAAUCUCUCUUCAAUGCUCACCAUUCAACGACUGCAACCGAAUGUAACAGACAUCCAAAUGCUAAAAGACACCAAUGCACCAAUUGGUUUGGAUGGGGAUUCAUUCGUGUACAAGUAUAUGGUGGAUGUUAUUGGAUUCAAAUCAAGUAACCUGAUCAAUGUGUCAACUGAAUACAACUACACAGGGAACUUCAAAAACAAAACAAUAUCAGCUGCCUAUCUCGAACUCCCCUACGCUGAUGUAUUCAUGAACAAGUAUUGUCAAGGAUAUACUGCUACCACUCCUACCUUCAGAUUUGGAGGCUUAAGCUUUAUAUUUCAGAAAGGCUCUCCAAUAACCAGGGAUUUCACUAAGGCCAUAUUAGAGCUAUUGGAGAAUGGAGAGAUUAAGAAACUUCAAAAUGAGUGGCUAACUCCAGAGGAGGAGUGCUCAGGAAAUUCAACCUCUAAUCAACCAAGAAGCUUGAAGCUCAAUAGCUUUUCUGGCCUUUACGUUAUAUCCGGUGCUACUUCUACAUUUUGUUUUCUUCUAUCUCUUGCUAUCUGGAUGAGGAGGUUUCAGCUCCAUGAAACAAAUGAAGGCAGUGCAAGUCCAAGUGAUGAAACUAUUUGGAACAAAACUGUUAGAAUAGUGAAGCUUUUUAAACUUAGAGAUCUUGAAGUUCCAAAUAGAGCUCCAACUUUUGCUUCUUAUGUUGUGGAUUGUACUCCAAGGUGGGGGGAAUACUCACCUACUGCCAACAAUCCGGAGCAACCUCCGGCGUUCACGCCAGCAGAAAUUGAAUGCAUGCCAGUAGAACAGGCAGAAGCAAGGGUGUAGUUAGGGGUUUUGGAUAUCCAAUGCCAACUAACUGCUUCCUUAAUUCACUAAUUAAUAUGUACUUCUCAUCAGAGUUUAUGCUAAGUAGAAACUCCAUGAGAUUAUUUGUUUUUUCGGUAGAAUACCUUAGAAUGCCAGAUUUGGCGGUAAUGUUACGAUUCAUUACCUUGUAUAUGCUUCUAUGUAAAAACACAUUAUCAAAUAUCAAUACAACUUGUAAACCUUUUA